UGGCACAGGAGGCCGGGAGAGGCUCGGCCCCGCGGCCCGGCAGCCGCCUUCGGGCCAGCGGGGAGCUAAGGGAAGGAAAGGAAAACGCAAGUUAGAAGAUAAAGAAGUCAACGGAAGCCUCAGAUACAAAAAAGAGAAGACGGUUUGUGUUUGGGGUGCUUUUUUUUUUUUCUUUGAUACGAGUGGACUUGGCUUCCGUAUCCCCCGGCGCCCUUUUGCUCCUUGCCAUGAGAAGGUUGUAGAAGGCUCAGGCCGGGACCAUGGUGCUACCUUCACGAUUACACUGGGUCAGAAGCAGGCCAUGGAGGGACAGGAUCCGGAGAAGGCAGCUCAACCGACUACCAGCCAGACUCCCAGAAAUCAUGUUGGUAGGGUCCCAGUCCUUCUCACCUGGGGGACCCAAUGGGAUCAUCAGAAGCCAGUCCUUUGCGGGGUUCAGCGGCCUUCAGGAGAGGCGAUCCAGAUGUAACUCCUUUAUCGAAAAUCCCUCCGCUCUCAAGAAGCCUCAGGCCAAACUGAAGAAAAUGCACAAUUUAGGACACAAAAACAAUAACCCUCCCAAAGAGCCUCAGCCUAAGAGGGUAGAAGAGGUCGUCAGAGCCUUGAAAAAUGGACUUGACGAGUAUCUGGAGGUUCACCAGACGGAGUUGGACAAGUUGACAGCUCAGUUAAAAGAUAUGAGAAGGAACUCUCGCCUGGGUGUCCUGUAUGACCUAGACAAGCAAAUUAAAACGAUUGAAAGAUACAUGAGACGCCUGGAGUUUCACAUCAGUAAGGUGGACGAACUCUACGAAGCUUACUGUAUCCAAAGACGCCUCCAAGACGGUGCCAGCAAAAUGAAGCAAGCCUUCGCAGCCUCCCCGGCCAGCAGAGCUGCCCGGGAGAGUCUGUCCGAGAUCAGUCGCAGCUACAGGGAGUACACGGAGAACAUGUGUGCCAUUGAAGCAGAGCUGGAGAAUCUGCUGGGGGAAUUCUCCAUCAAGAUGAAAGGUCUGGCUGGUUUUGCUCGCCUCUGUCCUGGAGAUCAGUAUGAAAUUUUCAUGAAGUACGGCCGACAGAGGUGGAAACUGAAAGGCAGAAUAGAAGCCAACGGCAAGCAGAGCUGGGACGGAGAGGAGGUCGUGUUCCUGCCCCUGAUCGUCGGAUUCAUUUCCAUCAAGGUCACGGAACUCAAAGGGCUCGCCACUCACCUCCUGGUCGGCAGUGUGACCUGCGAGACCAAAGAGCUGUUUGCCGCCCGACCUCAGGUGGUGGCGGUUGACAUCAAUGACCUCGGCACCAUCAAACUGAGCCUGGAGAUCACCUGGUACCCCUUUGACGUGGAAGACAUGGCCCCGUCCUCGGGCGCCGGGAGCAAGGCCGCAGCCCUGCAGAGGAGAAUGUCCAUGUACAGCCAGGGGACCCCGGAGACGCCCACCCUGAAGGACCACUCCUUUUUCCGGUGGCUGCGCCCUCCGGCAGACAAGCCGCGGCGGCUGUCUGUCUUGAGUGCCUUGCAGGACACUUUCUUGGCCAAGCUGCACUGCAGCCGCUCACUCAGUGACCUGCCCUCCCUCCGGCUGAGACCCAAGGCCGGGCUAGAGUUUUAUUCUAAUCUACCCGAUGACGUCUUUGAAAAUGGCAAGGCCGCUGAGGAGAAAACGCCACUGUCUCUCAGCUUCGGUGACCUGCCCAACGAGGACUGCGCCCUCACCCCGGACCCAGCGGGCUCUCUCUCCAGCGCAGGUGCGGCAAACCCCGAAAUCACCAUCACCCCCGCAGAGCUGAGCCCCAGCAGCCCGUCCUCCCACAACGAGGGCACGGAAGACUCCGGCUCGGCAUCUUCCAGAAACUCCUCGCGAGCGGGCCGGGAGGCCAAGCCGCCCCCGGAGGAGCCCCCAGCCGGGCCCAGGAUCCCCCCGGAGCGCCGAGCGGCGGCAGGUACUGGGCCGGAGCGCCUGUUCCUGGAGAAGGAGGUGGCCGAGGCGCUCCUGCGGGAGUCCGACGAGGCGUCCGAGCUCAAGCCGGUCGAACUGGACACUUUUGAAGGAAACCUCACGAAGCAGCUGGUGAAGAGGCUGACCUCGGCCGAGGCGCCCGCGGCCGCGGACAGGCUGCUCUCCGAGGGCUCGGUCAGCGGAGAAUCCGAAGGCUGUCGAUCCUUCCUGGACGGAAGCUUGGAGGACGCCUUCAGCGGGCUUUUCCUUGCGCUGGAGCCCCACAAGGAGCAGUAUAAGGAGUUUCAGGAUCUGAACCAAGAAGUCAAGCAUUUGGAUGAUAUUCUAAAAUGUAAGCCAGCCGGAAACCGCAGCCGGUCUUCCAGUUUAAGUCUUACAGUCGAAAGUGCUUUAGAAAGCUUUGAUUUCCUGAACACCUCUGAUUUUGACGAGGAGGAGGAUGGUGAUGAGGUUUGUACUGUUGGAGGAGGCACGGACUCGGUAUUUUCAGACACUGAGACGGAGAAAAAUAGCCCUUACAGGUCGGUACACCCAGAGGCCAGGGGGCACCUGAGCGAGGCGCUGACAGAAGACACAGGAGUCGGGACCAGUGUGGCCGGAAGCCCCCUCCCCCUGACCACAGGAAAUGAGAGCCUGGACAUCACCAUCGUCAGGCACCUUCAGUAUUGCACCCAACUCGUUCAGCAAAUUGUUUUCUCAAGCAAAACCCCAUUUGUGGCGAGCAACCUCUUGGAGAAGCUUUCUCGGCAAGUCCAGGUGAUGGAGAAGCUGUCAGCCGUCAGCGAUGAGAACAUAGGGAACAUCAGUUCUGUCAUUGAAGCCAUCCCAGAAUUUCACAAAAAGCUGUCUUUGCUGUCAUUCUGGACGAGGUGCUGCAGCCCGGUGGGGGUCUACCACAGCUCGGCUGACAGAGUGAUGAAGCAGCUGGAAGCCAGCUUUGCCAUAACCGUCAACAGAGAAUAUCCAGGACUCGCAGACCCAGUGUUUCGAACACUGGUGUCCCAAAUCCUGGACCAGGCUGAGCCUCUGCUCCCCUCCAGCCUCUCUUCGGAGGUCAUCACCGUUUUCCAAUAUUACGGUUACUUCACCAGCCACGGUGUGAGCGACCUAGAGAGCUACUUGAACCAGCUGGCCAAGCAAGUUUCCUUGAUUCAGACCCUGCAGUCGCUGAGAGAUGAGAAACUGCUCCAGGCCAUGAGUGACCUUGCACCGGGCAGCCUCUCAGCCCAGCAGGAAGUACUCGGGACUCUGGCUGUGCUGCUGACUGGCGAUGACCAGGAAGCCCGUGAGGCUGUGAUGCUGUACUUGACCGCAGCCUCCAGAAACGAGCACUUCAGGGAAAAGGCCUUGCUGUAUUACUGUGAGGCACUGACAAAGGCAAACCCCCAGCUCCAGAGGGCAGCCUGCCUGGCCCUGAAAAGCUUGCAGGCCACCGAAAGCAUUAAGAUGCUGGUGACUUUGUGUCAGUGCGACACGGAGGAAAUCAGAAACGUGGCCUCGGAGACCCUCUUGUCUCUCGGAGAAGAUGGGCGGCUGGCGUACGAACAGCUGGACAAAUUUCCUCGAGACCGUGUUAACGCCGGAGGGCGUCAUGGGGCUGAAGUUGCCACGGCCUUUUAAUGAGCUCUGCCCAACAGCCAUCUUAAUAAAAUGGCCCUGUUCAUCAAGAUGGUGCUGGGAUUUAGCGGGCGUGUUUAAACCUUGAAGAGUUCUGCUGAGGUUGUCUGGAAAUUUAACACGUCAUAGAUAGAAGUCAAAGUCGAGCGUCAUAGUACCUAUCUACUUUUCCUUUGGCCGAUAGAAUAGGGCCAAUAUGACUCCGUAGAUGACGGUGUCGAUUGCGUCUGACGAUACUUGGUAGAAGCGUCCAUCUUAUCUCGUAUGUAUGGAAUUUUAAAACAGCCAUCUUUGUACUUUUUUGGAAGUUCUUCUCUAAGCCUAAAAUCGUCACAUGAUACUUUGAUGACUAUCACACGCCUUGCGGUGUCUCCCCGUCGUGUCCUGAGGGUUGAGGGGCCCCACCAGCUACCUAAUUUUACCUUAAAUGCAAAGCACAAAAAAGAAUUUCUUCGAAUAACAGUUUGCCCGCGGAACUCGGUAAAAUGACACAUUGUAAGAGUUUAAAUUUUUUUUUAACUUCAUUUUUUUUCCAAGCCUCCAUUACUUCUUUUGUUUCUUUUCUCCAUCCUGACCAUUCCCAAAGCAUGUUUCCGUGAUGGAUAAAAGACAGGUUGAUGUCUAAGAUGAUACCCGUACUCCUUAAAAAAAGACAUUUGAAGUUGAAGCUUUUUUGAACACGAGCCAUUUUUUUUUUUAUGAUACUUUUACAACAGAGGUAUUUUGCUGCUAAGACAAAUCAAAACAAAAACUCAUGGAAUCAGAAAGCUGUGAUGCUCUUUGGGGUCGUAGAACUGGGCACUUAGAGGAAUCUUAAUGGGGCGGGAGCAGAAGGAGAUUCACAAGUGGUCCUUGCUUCUACAGGAAUUACCAUGAGAUUAGGAGGAAGAAUGUGCCGAGGGAGGAGGCACAAGAGACAGUUACUGCCCCAGAGAAAUCACUUGUCACUGGGUGGGAUCUCUUGGCCAAAUAGUUAAAACAGCAGCUCCCCUUACUGUUUCUGUAUCAGGGGAGCAAUUCCACUAAAUAAAGUACAAGACCACUAGAUAGCUCGUACUAACUUUCCUUCCUCUUAAGAGUAUACACGGUGGGAUAUGCCAAGAUAUCAAAAUAAAAUGUGUGAGUGUGAUUUCAACCGUGGAAUAUCAACUGUAUUCUGGAUGUGUUCGUAUCAAAUAUUUAGGUGUCGUUUUAAAUAUUUACAUUUUAGCAAGACCUUUAAGAACAACUCUUAAUCCAUUUUAAAGUAAGAAUUGUUUGCCAGACUUCCUGGCGAAUAGUUCUUUCAACUGUGAAGUUAUAAUGUGUAUAUAUAUUUGUAUAUUUAUAAAUAUUAUAUAUAUGCAUAUAUCCUUCAUUUUAAAGGUACAUUGUACAGUCUGUAGUUUAGCAUGUAUAGUCUGUAGCCUAUAGUCUCUGUUAGAUGGUUGAUUCUUUUUGUAGAAAGUCAAAUCACAAAUGUUACAGAGUUUUUUGUUAGCUUUGUUUUUGUUUUCUAAUUUUUUGAAUAUUGCAUGAGUAAUUAAUUACGUACUUUUGUAUUCAUUUCUGCAUUUUAUUUUCACUCAGAGGGGGUGCCUUUAGUCUCGUGGCAUUUGUAUCCAUCACUCUUUCAAUCAUGUAAGUUAAAAUAAAAAUUAUUUUUGAAUUGUUAGUCUUA